GUUAAAAAACGGCUCCAAGCCAUAUGUCCUUGGACGAGACAAUGAGCAAAAGAUGAUUUAAAAGAAAUGUGGCAAAAGACCCUUGUCUUGAAAUCACAAACUAUUUAUAUUUUCACAUGGCAAUGGGUUGUUUGCGAAAUGGCGCGAAAUUUCCUUCGAAUCUUUUUAGGAAUGUGAAGCCUCGUUCUCAAUUUUUGGCCUAUUUGCAAAAGGAUUUGUAAACUUUGCUUCACUUUUUGGAAUUAUUGCAGUUUGCCAAAGAAUUAUGCUGGUUUCAUAUUCUAUGAGAACUGCUUUGGGCAAGUGUGCAGCUUUCAAGCUAAUUUCAAGAAAAAUAACGGCCCUCCCUUGCUCCUGCAACGUUACAACGAAGUAUUGCCACUGGUACUCAACAAGGCCGAAUGAUGUUGAAUUUACGUCAGAGAAAUAUCCAAACUUAAAGAGAAAGGAUUUUUCAAAAGUAAAUCAAAGUGACAUGAUGUUUUUUGAUGAAUUAUUGCCUGGAAGGGUUGUUACAGAUGAAGAUGAACUCUUAAACCACAACACUGACUGGCUGCGUAUUGUUCGAGGUGCUAGCAAAGUUUUGUUGAAGCCAAAGUCCACUGAAGAGGUCUCCAAAAUACUUUCAUAUUGUAAUGAAAGAAGAUUGGCAGUUGUACCUCAAGGUGGCAACACAGGCCUAGUCGGUGGAAGUGUUCCUGUCUUUGAUGAAAUCAUCAUUUCCACUUCCUUGAUGAACAAAAUAAUUGACGUUGAUGAAACUGCAGGUAUUCUGGUUUGCCAGGCUGGUUGUAUACUGGAGGUGCUUGAUAAUCAUUUAGCAGAGCGAGAAUUAAUGAUGCCUCUUGAUUUAGGGGCAAAAGGAAGCUGUCAUAUUGGCGGCAACGUUUCUACAAACGCUGGUGGUAUACGACUUCUUCGGUAUGGUUCGUUGCAUGGAUCUGUGCUAGGAGUUGAAGCAGUCAUGCCAGAUGGAACUAUUCUAGACUGUUUAUCAAAUCUACGCAAGGACAAUACAGGCUAUGAUCUGAAGCAACUAAUGAUUGGUUCAGAAGGAACCCUUGGUAUCAUCACAAAGGUUUCAAUCUUGACACCCCAGAGGCCUAAGGCUGUUAAUCUUGCUUUUCUUGGUUGCAAUUCAUUUGAUUCUGUACAAGAGAUCUACGUUAGAGCAAAAAUGAUGCUUGGUGAAGUACUGUCAGCUUACGAGUUCCUGGACGAAGAAAGCAUGAACUGCGUAAGAAGUAACCUGAAAUAUAAAAACCCAAUCGGAGAAUUUCCAUUUUAUGUUUUGGUUGAAACUUCCGGUUCUAAUGCGGAUCAUGAUGAAGAGAAGCUUAGUUUGUUUCUUGAAGAUGUGCUUUCUGGAGGGACAGCUUUGGACGGCACAGUAUCAACAGAUUUAACAAAAGUUAAAGAAAUUUGGAGGAUUAGAGAGAGUAUCGCGGAAGCUUUGAUGCACGAUGGUACCGUUUAUAAGUAUGACGUUUCAUUGCCCUUGUCUUGUCUGUAUGAACUCGUGGUCGACAUGCGAAAAAAAUUGGCACACCAAGCAAAGCGGGUUGUUGGUUACGGUCACCUAGGUGAUGGAAACCUUCACUUGAACAUCGUACCUUGUCAAGACGAUCAUGAGUUCAUUCAUCAGUUAGAGCCGUAUAUAUUUGAAUGGACAGCUAAAUACAAAGGAAGUAUAAGUGCUGAGCACGGCCUCGGAUUCAAGAAAGCCAAUGCAAUUCAUUUUUCAAAGUCAGAUUCGGCUAUAAAUUUGAUGAAAAGACUUAAACAGAUGAUCGACCCAAAGGGAAUCCUGAACCCUUACAAGACCCUGCCUUACAGCUAACUGGAUUAGUUAAAUGAAUGGUAUUGUCUGUACGAAACUACUUCAAGAUUGGAGACAGAGUGAGACUUUUAUAGAGUAAAUAAUGUUUUCAAUUUAACAGAGCUUUUUAGUACGCAAUUGAAAAAUGCAAGAAAUAUCUUAUGUCUACAAAGGAUGCAUUCAUGGUCCAAAAGUAGUAGGAAACGUCUAGCUGGAUUUGAAAAUAAAGAUCCCAUUUUAAACGGAAUUAAAAUUUUAGACUUUUAAAUGAAUUCCAUUCAAAGUUUGUAUGAGAUAAAUGCAGCUGCAAAAUUAGCUACAAUCAGUAAUUGUGACGAAAAAAGAAUAGAAGAUUUUUAAAUGAAUUGUUUGAUUUGUCCGCCUCAAAAGCUAUUUGAAUGAAAAUAGCAAGAACGUUAUGAUAUAACAUUACGACAUCCCAAAACUUCACAUGGUUUUGGAGUGAUAAAGAAUUGGUAGCCUCGAAGCUCUUCUUAAGUUUUAACAUCUUUUUCAACUGCUAACAAGAAAUAUUCGAAGAAAAAUGUUAAAGAGAAAGUAUUAGUCUGUUGCAUGAUUCAAAAUGAAAAUAGAUUCUUUGGAUUUGUUGCUGAGCGACAAGUUGCGCGUCUUUUUGUGCAUACGUUCAGUUUACUUUGAUAACACUCAACAAUUUAUUUGUUUUGUGGCCCAUAAAUCUUCAAUCUAGAAAUAUCCAUAAAUUCCAUUACUCGAAUUAAAUAAAAUAUAUUAUAA